CAUAGAAAACAAAAAGCCAAGAAUCAAAGAAUCAAGAAAGCUAAAACAACAACUAACAAUGGAUUUGGGAAGGUUUCCAAUAAUCUCAAUCCUCGAAGACAUGCUCGAGGUCCCUGAAGAUCACAACGAGAAGACCCGCAACAACCCUUCAAGAGUUUACAUGCGAGACGCUAAGGCAAUGGCGGCUACACCAGCUGACGUCAUCGAGCACCCUAACGCGUACGCUUUCGUUGUGGACAUGCCUGGAAUCAAAGGAGAUGAGAUCAAGGUUCAGGUAGAGAACGAUAAUGUGCUUGUGGUGAGUGGAGAGAGACAGAGAGAGAACAAAGAAAACGAAGGUGUGAAGUAUGUGAGGAUGGAGAGAAGAAUGGGUAAGUUUAUGAGGAAGUUUCAGUUGCCUGAGAAUGCUGAUUUGGACAAGAUCUCUGCUGUUUGUCAUGAUGGUGUUUUGAAGGUGACUGUUCAGAAACUUCCUCCGCCUGAGCCAAAGAAACCGAAGACUAUUCAAGUUCAAGUUGCUUGAGUUUGUUUGUGAUCGUGUUUUGGUUAUUAUCUGUUUUUAAUUCUGGGUUUGAUGAAUGUAAUCGGAAUGUGUGAGAGACAUGGGUGUUCUGUUCUAAUUAAGAUGAAAUAAAAGUUUGUUCUGUUUCUUUCAUUCUCCAUGUUAGAUCUUCAAAUUAAUGAAGUUGUUAUAAGAAC